UCUAUGAUUGCGUCAUUAGCUUGCGGAAACGGUGCAUCGGCGGUUCCCUGCAUGCUUGCUGUAACGACAGUGAAAGGGUUUUGCUUUGCUGGAUACCAGAGCGGGUUUAAACGUUUAUUCAUCGCCAUGUCGUCUCUCCUGAAGGUCGACCGCGACCUGAAGAACAGGGUGGAAACAUUCAGGGAGCAGAUCAGCAGUGAGGCUGAGCACCUGGUCGCCAGCUUUUUUCCUAAAAAGCUUCUGGAGUUGGAUCAAUUUCUCAAGGAGCCUAUUCUCAAUGUGAAAGACCUGAAAGAGAUUCAUUCAGAGAUUAAGUUCACAGUCCCAGAGCCGAUUCUCUUCACCAACAGCCACGAUGGCGUGGACGUGAAUACCAAGAAGAGGAAACUAGAAGACGGAGUUGCUGAUGAGAGCUGGCAAGGUGGAACCAAAACCCUGACGGUGCCAGAGGGAAUGUUGAAAUGCAACACCAAGCUGGUGGACCUGAUUGAACGAGUCAAACCAGAGAUAAGGACAUUGAUUGAGAAGUGUAACACAGUGAAGAUGUGGGUCCAGCUGCUCAUCCCAAGAAUAGAAGAUGGAAAUAACUUUGGAGUCUCCAUACAGGAAGAGACGGUGGCAGAACUGAGGACAGUGGAGUCUGAGGCCGCAUCUUACUUGGACCAGAUCUCCAGAUAUUACAUCACCAGAGCCAAGCUCGUCUCGAAAAUUGUCAAGUACCCUCACGUGGAGGACUACAGGAGAACCAUAACAGAGAUUGAUGAAAAGGAGUACAUCAGUUUGAAAAUCAUUGUUUCAGAGCUCAGGAAUCAAUAUGUGAUUCUCCAUGACAUGAUUCUGAAGAACAUUGAGAAGAUCAAGAAACCCAGGAACAGCAACGCUGAAGCUCUUUACUGACAACUUCUACAAAACACACACACACACACACAGACACAUAUGUAGACACAACACCUGAGCUCAAUCAAACAAUACUGACCAAUUUUUUUUGAAGUACCUGAUGGUUUUGGGAUUUUACAACCUCAAAACGAUUUAUGACGUGUCAAAUAAGAUGCUGCGUGUAGACCGAUGCUGAUAUUCAGUAUUGAAAAGUUGAAAUAAAAAGAGUACUCACUAUUUAGUAUGUGAAACCAUAGUGAGCUGUAAACACGAUACAUGAUACAAUUUAAAGGAGGCCAUAAGAAUGCAUUAAAAAAACGGUCACACACGCAAAUUUACACACACACACCUCCCAUUUUUCUUUGUUUUGGUCCUCAACCCGCAGUCAUCAACAUGCUUUCCAACAGUUAACCUUUAGUUUUCCCAUUCCAGUACUCUGGAGUCUAGCCGAGGACUUUUCCCACGGCCGUCCUCCUGUCUCCACUCCCACCGGAGUUCAGAGAUUCCCGGAUGAUCUGUUGGUCCCUUCGUAGGAUUCGUCAUCUGUUUUUUAAUGGUUUUCUUACUUCUUUUUGGCUCCAUGUUUCCCGAGCCUCUUAGGCAGAUUUUUGCUCCGUCCAGUCAUCACCCGCUUGACCGUCAAACUGUCAAGGGCCAUCUACUCAGAUAGGAUGCAGACCGCCUCCCGUGAGGCUUUAGAAAACAGCUGUAGUUCUUUAUCUUUAGUGUUGUUGUUAUUAUCCUGACUCGCAGAGAUUUAACUGUACAGUUUAUAAAGACAAAAUGGAGGACUCCUGCUUCUUUAUUUAUUCUCCUGUCCACUCAGCUUUGCUUGACACUUGAGGUCCAGACACUAAAGCUUCAGGCUGGCAGACAGCAGUUUCAGGUGGUGUGUUCCUCAAUGGGAGUAAAAAGGCUGGAUGUGUGUUCUUCUUUUAGAAUGCAAACUCAACAAUGUGCCUCCAAGCAGACUUGAAUUGGAAAUCGACGUGUCUUGUCAAAUGGUUUAAUAUUAGCAACUACAGUCUCUGGUCUCUCUCUGGUUUCUUUUUGUUUAAUCUGGAGUCUUCAGUUUCCACCACAUCUUUUGUGAUGUAACAAUGUUUUGUAUUGUCAACCUCAUGAUGUGAUACUGAAGCCUGGGGCUCUUAAAAGAAACCUUUUGCAACUGGACUGUACAAUGGAAAAUGACAUGGUGAAGGGUAGGGACUUUAAAGUGCAUGCGAGUUGUGAUUUGAAUUGAAGCUUUUAAACGUACAAAGGGACAAAGGAACAGACCAGGUAAAGACUGCUGCUAUGUCCAAGAGUCUAGUUUGAACAAGUUCAAACUAAUAAUAGCUUUUGAAUAAAUUGAAAUGCAACCCGCAAAGCUAUGUGGCAAUGUUCAGAUUGAACUCUUGACAUGUGCUAUCUGGAGCGUCUCUGGUGUCCAGUGUCCCUAUGCAGUAAAUGCUGUCUCAGGAGAAAAAAGACAAUCCGUGUCUCAUUCUAGUUCACUGGCCACAUCGACGCAAUUGAAUCUUAUGUGAGCCUGACCACCGACGUCAUUCAUAGGCCCUAUAGAGUGGAGUACAGUAAUUAGCAAUAAUACCCCACUUUUGUGGGUGCAUGUGACCUUUCGUGAGCAUGGGGCCGGAAAUACGUCAUUUUGGGCAAGGACCGGAAAUACUUUGGGCCGUGUCUUAGACAGGAAAUUCGUCAUUUUGGCCAUGUUUUGGAGGGGGCGUGUAUUGUUUUAACGAUGACAACUGAGAGCAGAGAAUAUUAAUGCUGAAAAGUACGAUAGGGUAGAGUGUAAGACGUGGUGGGGGAAUGUCUUAUUAACCAUCUGAUGCACGCUGAUGGCGCAGUGAUCUCUCCUACGGCAAUGGCUUUAAAUCUGCUCACGGUAAGACAUAAAAUUAAACUCUGAAAAGAAUGUUGACAUAAUUGCUUAAACCAAGGAGGAUCAAAAGCUACAUUUCCCUUUGUUUUUUUGUGGGAGGCCAAGUACAAAGUGCGGAACAUAUAGGGAGAUAUUUGAAUAACGUUUUUGGAGAGCAAUGUGUAGUGUAACCAUGUAACCAAUGUGUAAACAUUUCACAAGCUCCUGUUCUUGCCCCUCGAGAUUUUGUUUCCAGAUUUUCUCUAUUUUAAACACUUUGUUUUUACCUAUAAUUACUUUUCGCAACUGUAGUUUGUUCCUUUCACCAAUUCCCCUGUAUAAUCUUUAGUUUAUAAACCGGGGGGUCUCUGGCUUCACUUUGAUAUUGUAAAAUUGGUGAAUAAUUGUUUAUAACCCUUCCUCAAUUCUCCUCUGAGUUUUGAUAUUCUCACGGUAUGCCCCGUGUCAAAUUCAACACACACCGUCUUGUGAGGGUUCAACUUGUACAGAUGGGUAAACUGUCAUUGUCUUAUUGACUGCUGAUGGUUACAUCUUUAUAUCUAUGGUGAGAGUUGUUAUAGCCUUGACAAGCUCCUGGACUACAUCCACAUAUGUGUGUAAAUUAACUGAUGUCAAAUAUCUCCACAUGCAGGUUUUAAAAGUCCUGUUAAAUGGCUCCACUACGCUGGCCUUAGUCUCAUUUGAUAUUGAAAUAUGUGUAAUUUUAUACUGCUCCAUUAGCCUCUGAAAGUGUUUAUUAUAAAAUGCUAUACCUUCACCUGUUUGAAGUUUCACAGGUGCACGUCAGUCAGUCAGAAUAUCUUUAAAGGCUUUUGUGAGGGUGAGGCCAGGUUUGUUAGAAAGACACCUAACCCAACCAUAUUUUGAAAAUACGUUGAUACACAUCAACAAAUACCUCACAGCAUUGUUUUCCUUGGCACCCAUAUCAACUAGAUCCACCUGAAACUGGUUGUCAAUACCGCUGGCUAAAAUCCUAUAUUCCUCGGAAAAUAUACGGCCGCCUUGGCGUGUAAGUGUACACAUCUUGUUCCAGUAGAAACGUAUUAACCCUGAAUAAUGAUGGUGUCACCCUGGUAUAUUCUCUAACAGCAUUGUUAAGUUUGGACACAUUACCUAAACCUCCCGGAUGGGCCGGAUUGUAAUAAGUAUUUUGUAGAGUCCUUUCCAUGAUAGUGUAUGAAGUAUGGUUGACCAACAGUUGAUUCGAUACAACAUAUUUUAUUUCUGUUAAGAUAUGACAAGCAGCCUGAUAAUAAGUAUAUCAUCCAUAUGAAAUUAAAUUCAGGUUAUAAAACACUCAA